AUGAGUUCAGUCAAUGCCAAAUUGCAAAGGACCCUGCAACGUUUCCAGAUUAAGAUUGAAGCUGGUGAUUUUUACGAAGCUCAUCAGACAUUAAGGACCAUUGCCAAUAGAUACGUAAGGUCCAAAUCCUACCAAGAUGCGAUCGAUUUGAUUACACAGGGUGCACUAUCUUUUUUAAAGGCAGACCAAGGUGGUUCAGGUACAGAUUUAAUCUUCUACCUUUUAGAAGUUUACGAUUUGGCACAAAUUAAGGUGGAUGAAACCUCAGUAUCGAGACUAGUCCAACUGUUAGUUGCUGUAGAUGCCUCUGAACCUAAUUUGAAAGAUGUGAUUACAGGUAUGAACAAUUGGUCCAUUAAAUACAGUGAAUUCAAAUUCGGAGAUCCCUCUUUACACAACGUCAUUGGUUCCAAAUACAUCGAAGGUGGGUACGCCUAUGAAGCUGAAAGAUAUUUAAUGUUGGGCACCCACGAUUCACUAUUGAAAUACGUUGAUUUGUUAUGGGACUGGUUUAAACAAGGAAAUGAUGCCAGCAGCAUUGGUGAUUACUUCAGUAGGUUGGUGUUUAACUACCUUUUCAUCUCCAAUGUAGCGUGGGCAUACGAAGCAAAAGAUAUGUUUUUACAAUUGUUCAUCGAUCAAUUCCAACCAGAGGUGGAAAUCAUCGAUAAAAAUGGAUUCAAAUUAUUCUUUUUCCGUGAAAUUGCAGAUUUGAACUUCCUGCAACUAUUAUUGCUCACUUGUCAAACCAAGCACAAAGAAUUGUUCUUGAAUUUGAAAGAACACUACUCUGGUUCAAGUCAAAAAUAUUCCAAUGAAUUGGAAUUUUUAGGUCAAGAAUAUUUCGGUAUCGUUGCCAAAAAGCAGUCGAACUUCCUCCAGGACAUGAUGGCGGGCUUCCUAGGUGGACCUGGCGGUAUUUGA